AUGGUGAAGAUCGAACACCCUUCCCCGCAGGAUCGAGGUCCAUGUUUAGCUGAGGGACAUGACUGCCUCUCGGACGAGACAGACUUCAAGCUGGGUCUCCUUACCGUUACGUCUGGUCUGAAUCUGAAGACGACAAGAAUUUCACAUGAUCCUUAUUGGGAGGACAACGAGAUGGAGCAACCGCUCGUAGUCACUGACUGGGCUCUCGUAACUUCGGACAGAAAGUCGGGAGGCAGUGCCAAUAUUCUUCGUCGCUUCCCUUCUGAAACUCAGCCGAUCAUUAUGGAACCCCUCAUUAGAUCGGUUUGCGGCGGGACGAGCGGCAUCAGCCCGGGUGCUGCUGUCGUAUCCAGCGGCCGCACAUCGGGCUACCAAAGAGGGACGGUGUGCGAAAUGCCCGCCUAUGUAAGCGCUGAAGAGAACGGAACCGGCAAAGCAACUCGUGAAUGGUUUGUGGAAGAGCCGUUCUCUUCAUGUAGUAGUGAGGACUCUUGGAUACGUGGAGGUAUUGGAGUUGAGGGUGACAGUGGUGCCGCCAUCGUGGAAGCAGAAACCAAUUGUCUUUAUGGCCAGUUAUGGGGACGUAACAAGUACUGGGGUCCUGGUCCUCGAAUCACAUUCUUCACUCCAGCUGCCGAUAUCUUCGACGACAUCCAAGAGAAAUGCGGGUUGCAGCAUCGUCCUAAGCUGCCUCAGGCCCGAGACGAGGCGGACCGUUAUGCCGUCUACCCUUCUUGUCGACGGUGUUAUGACCUGAAAACAUACCGAGACAGCCGAAGAAGCUCGAGGGCGUCGUUACAAAGCAUGAUCAACUACAGGGGUGAAGCAGAGCCUGACUUGACGCCGAAUGAGCAUGUAUUUGAGUUAGCUACACCACGAGACUGCAACCGUGGAGGCACGGGCAUCGAGGAAAUCGGCUCGUCUUUCGCAAACAGCACUUCGCCGGUGCCGCCUUUGGACUUCUUCCCAGCUGGUGAGCCGGCCGAGUAUUAUUAUCCAACGACACUCGUAAUAGACGAGACCCGUGGUAUUCCAGAAGAACCAGAGUUGAGAGAUAUUCUUGAGGCUACUGCCUUGGAGCAAGUACCGAAGCGAGGAUCUAUCUGCCUAGAUCAGAGUCGCAUAUUUACCCCGGGUUACGACAUGGGGAAUCAGCCAAAGAGGAAGAGAAUUGGCAAGUAG